AGAGGACCAGGUCUGGGCCUUAUUUUAUGUUUUGCUUUUUUAUUUGUGGGCAUCAGUCGUCCGUGAGGGGCUGAUGCGCUGUUUUGUGUUUAUUUUGAAUUAUUAAAGUUUCAGUUGAUGGUUCCCUCCUCCUUCUUCCAGAUGAAUAUGAAGGUUAUAUUAUUACAGUACAGUAUCUGGAAAAUAAUGUGUUUUUUGUUUUACCCUCAAUAAGUCCCCUUGGAAUUAAGGUUCAUCUGCAUUCCGAGUAGUUUUGAGAUUUUGAGCUUCAAAGUUUUUGUAUUCCAUUUGACUGUAUGGAUACAACUUUGUUGGCUAUUUAAAAAAAAAUCUAAAAAUAUACAGAACAUUAAAAAAUCAAUCAAAUAAUAUAAAUAAGUUGUCACUGAAUAAGAAUAUGUGAAUAACUCAAUUUUAACAAAAAUGGCAGAUAGAACCUUAUAAUUCCGAGGGGACGAUAUUGCAUUACACCAAAUACACAAUGUUCAAUUUUAGCAACGUCAUGAUCCCUUUAAGACUGCACGCAAACACAAAAUUAUAUAAAGCAACUCUGCGGUGAGAUUGUGAGGCAAGACAUUUGUUUUACUUUACUCAUAGACCUGCCAAAUGUGUCCACAGAGAUAAGACAACAUCCUCUCUUAUUUCUUCAUUUGUCGUUUUUUUUUUUCACAUUAAACUUGUAGGUUUAAGAAUAGGUGAGGAAUAAGGUCAGAAAGUGAGAAGGUCAAAAGUGAAUGUUUGGUAUAAAAAACUACUAUUAGCCUAAACCCAAAAAACAUAUUGUUAAUUUCUAAAAUAAAUAACAAAGCAUAAAAAGAAGAAUUUUAAACAAAGCAUAAAAAGAAAAAGAAUUUCAUAAGCAGUGAUAUAAAAUGCCCAUUUAGGUUGAGAUUUUACUUUUAAUGUUAAAUUACAAAUGUUGUAUAAAAUUGCAAUCUCUAUAAAAGUACAAAAUGUGCUAAACCUUUAAAUCUUCAAGACAUUGUGGGUUCAACAUAAGUUAGACAAAAAUAUGAAAAUUAAAAGCAAACUCUGUUGCAAGAGAUGACCUGCUCCACCCAAAGAAAUGAAUUCUUCACUCUCACUUUCAUCAUAUAUUUCACCAUAAUGAAAUAGCAUUGAAGUUCUGCUGCUACCACACAAGCUUUUAAAAGUUAUUAGGUCCAUUCGCUACUUUAGAAAUGAGCCAGUCCUAUAUAUUCAUUUUGAAGAUUGUCAUCCCAUUCAGUUUCUUGCCGUCAGCGACAGGGAACGAAUGUUUGUGUGAUCUGAAAAAUUUAGAUCCUGUAUUUCCUAAAGAUGAACUAACAAAAGUAGAGACCACCGCCUUGAAAUGCGUAAGGAGCAUCACUUUAGAAAAGAUGACAGACUUAGACAGACUUGUGUUGGGUCUACAACAACGUAUGAAGCAACUAGAAGACAAUGUGGUCGGGUUAGAAAAAGAAAACAGCAAUCUGUAUGCAGCCGUGUCUCUGCGCAUCAUUGAGUUAGAGUUUGCCGAAAUACAGGACCUCCUCAACAAACUCAACCAGACCACCAACGAUUACCAACUUCUCAGUGUGCAGGCUACAGUUCAGCUUGAAGACAUGAAGGACACAAUGGUGAAGUUGGAGAAGUUUGACAAAAAGCAAGUGAUUAAAAAGAAUCGAGAGAACCAAAUGAAGAAGAACUUGGAACAGUGCAAAGAAGAGCUCGAGGCUUCAUCCCCACCUCCUACCGUUUCCCCAGGCCGCUGUGGUCUGGGUCAAAUGGUCAAAGUGGCAGGACCUAGAACAUCUUCCCUUACAGAAUACAGCACCUCCUACCCUUAUGGUGCUUGGGGUCGAGAUGCAAAUCCUGCUCCAGGAGAUGAGAACAAGUACUGGCUGGUGGUGCUGUCAACUAGUGACGUAUAUGGCUACUAUGUCCGCCAGUACAACACCUUGAGUACUCUUUUAUUAGGUAUAGGACCAAAAGAUACAUACAUAUCAAGCUCCAAUCCCACAACAAACACAAUUCAGGGGUCAAACAUGGUCAUGUAUGCCAAUGCUCUCUACUAUAACUGUUACUAUACAUACUCUGUCUGUCAGUUCAACUUGGCGACUCGUACUGUCAGUACUGUGGCUUUACCUAGUGAUACAGGUUACAAUAACAAGUUUCCAUUCGGACACGUCGCCAACACAUACAGCUAUACUGAUAUGGAUUUCACCACAGAUGAAUCAGGCGUCUAUGUUAUUUAUGCAACCACAAGCAACUUCGGAAAUGUGAUUAUCACUAAAAUCGAGACUAGUGACCCACCAGUUUUCAAACAAACAUGGUUCACUUCUCUUCACAAAAAGACUGCCACAAACACGUUCAUGGUGUGUGGUGUGCUUUAUGCUACUCGGUACCUGGACAAAGAAACAGAACGGAUCUUUUACUCUUAUGACACCAAAACCAAAAAAGAACGAUAUGAUUUGAAAAUAAAAAUCCAUAAGGUGAAGACUAACAUUGAGUAUCUUAACUAUGACCCCAGAGAUCAUUUGCUGUAUGCCUACAGUGAUGCCUACAUUGUAACUUAUGAGCUUAUCUUUCAGUAAAGCCACAUUCACGCCAAGAAUGAUAACUAUAAAGAUAACAAUAUUAGUGUCCACACCAGCGAACGAUAUCAACUGUUUAUUUUUAUGUGCAUGAUCAUCCUCUACUUUAAAUUCUCAAGCUCGUUAUAGCAGUAUGGAUUCUGAUUGGCUGUCAAUGUUUUUUAUCUUUCAUCAUGUGAAAAAAAAAUGUUAUCUUUUAUAUAUCUUUGUAUAUCUGAUAUAUAAUUUCUCUGUGCCCUUAUCGUUAUAUGUGUGUGUGUUUGGACUCUGCUAUUCUUUAAUACUAAGAAUGAUUUUUAAAUCAAUAUCUUUAUCAUUAUCUUCAUAGUUAUCGUCUUUGGUGUGGAUUUGCCUUAAGUCUCCAAUUACUUGAUUUGAGACAAGGGAUAUUAACGUAAGACUAUUUUACACACUGUAUACACCAUAUACUGUAGCAUGCAAGAUAAAAAGUGCUGCUUCGCAAAUGAUUGUAUGUUGAAUAAAGUAUGCCAAAGGUAAAGUAUACCAAAGCUUUUAAGACUUAGCAACAUGCAAAAUCAUGCAUGCAAAAAUAAAGAAGUGGACUGUGUUAUCAGAACAAUUUUAUGAUACUAUGUCCAAUUACUAGUUCACUAUCUUACAGUAAUUUCAAAAGUACUUUCCUAUUACCAGUGAAGUAUGCACAUUUACUGUAAAUAAAUAUUUUACAUAUUUUAGAUGCCAGAACUGCUUGUCUUGUGGAGAAAAAUCAUGUGUUUUACCCCUAAUAAAAUAAAGUUUGAAUGAAAUAUUUCUGCUGCUUUAUAA